CAUGAAAAGUAGUUUCCAAUAAAUUAAAAUCUUCACACAAACUUGUCCAGAUAAAACAUGACUCAAAAAUACGAAAAUAACAAUUUAGCUCUGUGUCACUCAUUUCGUCACGUGACAAAAGCUGCAGCCAUGAUGGACGGAAUCGAUGACAGUCCUGACCUCUUGGCAGAGGAUCAUGGAAAUAAGGGUCGAUCUGACACUGUGGACUUGACAGACACCUCACUUCUUGUGGACAUUUCUGAUGCUCUGAGUGAGAGAGAUAAGGUCAAGUUCACUGUUCACACAAAGACCACUUUGCAACAGUUCAGAAACCCUGAGUUUUCAGUUGUUCGUCAACAUGAAGAAUUUAUUUGGCUUCAUGACAGAUAUGGGGAGAAUGAAGAAUAUGCUGGAAUCAUUAUCCCCCCGGCGCCACCCAAGCCUGACUUUGAUGCCUCGCGGGAGAAGCUGCAGAGACUGGGAGAGGGGGAGGGUACCAUGACAAGGGAGGAGUUCACCAAGAUGAAGCAGGAACUGGAAGCAGAGUACCUGGCGACCUUCAAGAAGACCGUGGCUAUGCAUGAAGUGUUCCUGCAGAGGUUGGCAGCCCACCCGGCUCUCCGGAACGAUGUCAACUUUGAGGUGUUCCUGGAGUUCGAUGGUGAUCUGAGCGUGCGGGGGAAAAACAAGCGAGAGAAACUAGGUGGAUUUUUCAGAACAAUAACCAAAUCUGCAGACGAGGUGCUGCUGUCAUCCCAAAAGGAUGUGGAUGACUUUUUUGAAGCUGAAAAAGUAUUUUUGGUGGACUACCACGUGAAGAUCAAAGACAGCACUGGCAAGUCUGACAGGAUGACAAGAACACAUAAAAAUGUUGCUGACACAUAUAUUCAAAUAUCAUCCGGAUUAGUGCAGCUAGCAACUAUUGAAAAUACUGAACUAAAUAAAAUUUUCACAAAAGUGGCUGAAGCCUUGGAGAAAGCCAGGAAACUGGAGGGUCGAGUAGCAUCAGACGAAGACCUCAAGUUGAGUGACACACUGCGGUAUUACAUGAGGGACUCCUCAGCAGCUAAAGACCUCUUGUAUCGCCGGACACGCUCACUCGCUGACUACGAAGCCGCCAACAAGGCACUCGAGAAGGCCAGAACCAAGAACAAAGAAGUCCAACAGGCUGAGAAAACACAGGAGAUAUGUUGCAAGAAGUUUGAAAAAAUAUCUGAGAUGGCAAAGAAAGAAUUAACAGAGUUUAAGACACGGAGAAUAGCAUAUUUUAGGAAAAACAUGGUGGACUUAGCAGAGUUGGAAAUGAAACAUGCAAAGGCUCAAGUCCAGUUACUCAAGAACUGUAUCACAGCAUUGAAAGAGGAAGCCCAGUGUUGACCUCUCUGUGUCGUGGAGUCAGCCUCAUUAUAGCUCUGGGUUGCCCCGGAGGAAGUGCUCAUCUUGUAAACUUGAUAAUGACCUCAGCCGCGUUGCAUGUUGCUGACUGGCCCCUGUAUAUAGUGUACAUAGUCAUCGGUCUGUAUAGUAACAGCAAAUGCUUCGUCAGUCGAUGAUCGAUCCUCUCUCCUUUAUCUGACAUGUAGCCUUACAACCAGGAAGUCUUCACUCUAAGAACACAGUCAAACUUAAGCUUGUAAUGGACAGAUGUGAACAGAGCUAUUUCAGAGCAGAACAUAUUUCCGACUCGAAGACUACAUUUGUUUCUCAGCUUGAUUAUGAUUGCUAUAGAGUGGAGGGUUACUGUGAAACUAUUUUAUUCCUUGGAAUACAGUGAAUAAGAUCUUUUAUUCCCUGGCACACAGAAAUAUGAUCCUUUUUUUUCUUUGCAUACAGUGAAUAUGACCCACCAUCUCUGGUACACAGUUAAUAUGAUCAAUAAUUCCUAGAGUGAAUAUGAACUUUUAUUCUCUAGCAUACAGCAUGAACAGUGAAUAUCCUGGCUGUUGGUUGUUUCUGUCAACACAUCUACACACAGCAGUAAACCCGAGAACCCACAGGGAAACAAUACCAGGAUUAUGAACCAGAAUGAAUUGGUAGCUUGAAAUGUACUUCACACUUGUUUUCUUGUAUUGUGAAAUUGAUAACUGAUAGCAGAAAAUCAUUGUAUAUAUGCAUAUAUAUAUAUAUACAUACAACUAACUAUUACUCCAAGCAAGUGGUCAGAAUGUUUCCUGGUACAUUUGUGUGAAGCUGUCGUCAGCUCAUGUUUCUUUGUAAUUUGUAUAUUAUGAAAUAUUUGAUUAUGGAUAUCAAAAUUGUACAAAUGUCUUGACGCUGGUAAUAAUUUUUAAUAAGUUGUUCAUGGUAUUUUGUAUGGCAUCAUUAUAAAACAUCUUAUGUAUGAGUGGAAUGAA